CACUGAGACACAAGAUCGCGGUACCCAUCAUAACUUCGAGAAGUUGAAACAAGAGAUACAAUUUCUUCCUAAUUUCCCCGCUCUUUGGAACUGCUAUCAUAGCGUCCGCUCGUUGGUAGAAGUGGUGGGCCUGAUCGUUCGCCAUCCCUUAGCUCAACCGAGCGGGCCGAUCUCAGACAAACUACGACUACACUAAUGAAUUCCGUCAACCGCCAAUCCUGACCUUUAUACAUCGAUAAGCUGGAUCGGCAGCAUCGCGAGAGCGCUACAUCUACCUUUUACAUGCCGAUGAUAACAAGCCAACCGUCCAUAGGAAGCCGCCGAAUAGUCCAAUGAGUCAACCAGAGUCCAGCGGUGUUCCGCAGCGAAGUCCGGACCCUGCCAUCGGCGCCAGCACAAGACGUGCAGCGAGGGCGUGUACGACCUGCCAUUCCCGCAAGACGCGUUGCGAUGUCCUCCAGGUCGGAGUUCCAUGCACAAAAUGCGUGGAGAACGAGUUCCAAUGCUCCAUAGAGCCUAGAAAGAAGAGGCGGAGGAAGGCCGAAAUCAAAGACUCAGAUUCCCUCGCCAUGCCCCGUGUCGCUUUUCCUGAGCACAUCAUCCGUCACCAGAUUCCUCACUACAAGUUCUUCCAGAACUUGACGCCGGUUGGAAAAUCCUCCCUGCGAUCCGGAAAUGGCGAGCGAUUGAUGAGUCUUCCUAUUGUGCCGCGCGAUGAGUCUGCCGAAUUGCAUGGAAACCAUCGACGGGUUGGGCCCGAGGAGUUGCGCUUCUUGAAGGAGAUGCAUGUUCUUGACCUGCCGCCGAAGCCUGUUCUAGAUGAAUGUGUUGCGUCGUAUUUCAGAGUUUUCCAUUCUUUCUUUCCAGUCAUAGAUCGUCCCUCCUUUUUGGCCAGAUAUCAUAGGAAGGGCAGCGACAACCCAGAUGAUCCAGACGCGCCUAGCAUUCUCAUUAUCCAAGCUAUCAUCUUUACAGCAUGUGCAUUUGUGCCAAUGGAGUGUAUCACAAAGCUUGGGUUCUCAACACGUCAGCAAGCACGAAGCUGUUUCUACACCAGGACUCGAUAUCUCCAUGUGUUCAAUUACGAAUCAGACGACAUUGUGACUAUACAAGCUUUGCUUCUCAUCAGCCAGUACUAUCAUUCCAUGACAGAACAACGGCAUACCUGGUUUUGGGCACACCAAGCCAUUUCUCUCGCUCAAGGAGCAGGCCUCCACCGAGACAGCGGUCACGCUCCGCAGCGAAAGCUGUGGGCUAGAAUCUGGUGGGCGUGUCUCAUCAGAGAUAGACUGAUUACUCUCGGAACCAAUCGCCCAAUGCACAUCAAUAGCCUGGACUGCAAUGUUCCUAUUCUCACACCGGCCGACCUGGAGGAGGAAGACGAUACAGAGAUCGAUAAUCUCACCAAAGCAAUCUUCGUAGAUUUUACAAAGCUGUGCCACUACAUGGAAGGCGUUCUAUCCCUAGCAUUUGCCCCACAGGACACGCUGAAGGAUCAGAUAACUGUGUGCGAGACAACGUUACAUAACUGGAAGGCGAAUUUGAGCGCCCCAUCGCGUCGAGAUGCCGAUGGGACUGUACAGAUGACUCACGGGAGCAUUGCACUCGUCUACAGGACAUUUCUUCACCUGAUAUACAAUAUCGUUCUUACUGCCCUGUUGCAGUCAAAGAGCACACUAAGCAGAGACCCCUCAUCCAGAUCUCCCUCGAUGGACGUCGUAUCAGUGGCAGCCGACUCAGCCGUUUUAGCGGAAGAAUCUACAAGAUUCGGAUUAGUAGAAUACUUCCCAACGCCUAGUGUGACGGCUAUAAUGCCCCCGCUCACGGUUCAAGUUCUCCUAAUGCGCUAUUCGAGCAACGCGGCAGAGGUUGCCGAGGCGAAGAUUCGAUUUUCGACUUGCAUGGAGGCCCUCCAUCGGCUCAGUUACAUUUACUGGCACGCGGGCUUUUAUCACGACCUCUUUCUACUUGCGGCAUCAUCUGGUGGCGCGGCCUCGUCGAUAUCCACGCUAAGACACCAAUCGAACCAUCCGAGUCAACCCGAACAGCCUCCCCAGCCAAUUCAAAUUCAAGCCAUGCCAACUUCAAUCCCCACCCAGACACGGCAGGAAACUUCAGGACCACGUUCUAUCAGUCUACUAUCAGAUCGAAGUAUCGAAUCAGAUGCAUCCCGUGUGCCCGAACCCCCAAUUUUCGCUAAAACUUCUAUAGCAGCACUUCUUGAUAGCUCAGUAUCGCGGCCGACGCAAUCGACCGAUCUGGAAAACCUCCCAGAUGCAAUAGACCUGGACUCUGAUGGUGUCAAAUCGUUGAAUUCUCAAGAACAAAUACGUAUGUUUGAAGAGUGGCUCAAUGACAACGCCCUCUUUUCGACGCUCUUUCCGACAAUGUAGCGUUAUGUGCAGCAUAUACAUUAUGUAAUGAUAUCAUCGAACAAUUAGUUUCAAUCAAGUCAUAGCUUGGGACCGCUUCGAAUGCGCAAACCCUGCUCGCCUUUCCAAAAACUGCCAUUGGGGAAUUGGUAUUUUAAAAUCGCCUCUGGCUUAUACUCCACACUAUAGCCGAUCUCCCACGGCGUGACGAAGUAGCCGUCCUUUAAUUGCACUGGAUGUUUGAGGGUCUCAUUAAAUGAGUUAAUGUGCUCUAGAAGACUCUUUGCUCCCGACACGCAGAUGUAGUC